AUGGCGAACCAAGAUGAUGAGAGUAAGGCUGACGACAACAAGCUCCCAACGGCGAAAUGGGGAGCGGCGUGCUCGGCGUGCGCAACGGCCAAAGCAAAAUGCAUCAGAUCAAACCCAGGCCCAAGCGCAAAGUGUGACAGUCGAACCGCCCAGAUUGAGGAGAGACUGAAUGGCUUGGUCAACCUUCUCCAAGCUUCGGGUGAAUUGAACAAUAAUCAAUCUGCGCUAGGUGCUCUUAGUGAUGUGGCUGCCAGAGAGCACUCCGCCAUAACUCAUGAUACGCCGUCAACAAACUCUACGACAUCAUACAUGCCACAUUCAAGCUCCUGGAGGAUCCCCGAGACAUACAACUGUUAUGCAAUUCCAGCAUGUAUUUGCCGCCCCGAACCUGGCGAUGCACCUCGUGAUGCACCUCCCCCGCCAGAUUCUGACGAUGUGCUUUUGGAGCUCUACCGAACCCAGAUGCUGCCUGUUUUCCCCUUUGUUGUCAUUCCACCAUCGGUUUCUGCAUCUGAAUUACGCUCUAACCGACCAUUCCUAAUGUCGGCAAUCAGAAUGGUCACAUCAUUUCGCAGUCUGAGGUCAAUGAGAGCUCAGAUGUACCGCCUGAUGAGCCACAUUGCCGAUUAUGUUCUCAUCCGCUCAGCUAGGUCAUUGGAGUUGCUGCAAGGCGUGAUGAUCAUGAUCUCUUGGCACCAGUAUCACUGCCUAAUGCAUGGUCAGAUGAACAAUCUGAUUGCCUUGGCAAUGAGCCUUGUUGUUGACCUAGGUCUGAAUUGGGCACCUGGAUUACGAGAGCAGGCGAGAUUGAUGGUGGCGAGACCUGAUGAGCCUCCUGGGCGAACAAAUGAAGAAAGAAGAGCUCUUCUCGGAGUAUGGUUUUUGACGUGCAACAUCUCAGUCAGCUUCAACAGAGUUGAAUCUUUGAAAUACACGGCGUACAUUCAGGAUUGUAUGAACGUGCUUGAAAAUUCGAGAGAAUAUGAAUCCGACAUCACUCUUCUUUACCUAGUCAGAGUGCAGCGGUUGACAGAACGCAUUUUUGAACUCAAUUCUAAGGAUAAGGCUGUAGAAGAUAUUCCCGGGCUUCCGUCUGCACCCAUGUCGGCUUACAUUGCUGCCUUCCAAAAUGAAAUUGAGACAAUGCGCAAUACUCUGCCUCCAAAUUUACAGAAUGACGGCGCCUUUUUGUCAUAUCUCAACACGGCAAUGCUUAGACUCUACGAGCCUCAUGCAGUCGACUUGGCAUUUGUCAAUUCUCUCUCGCAGUCCCUCACAGCCGGACCCCUUGGUCGAGGCACUCCGCUCGAUAAGCUUUAUCAGUCUAGUGCAGCGCUCCGAAACUGGUUUGAUAGCUGGCUUUCGGUGCCUGCUUCUUCUUACUUCAGGCAUCCUACCACUAUCAUGUCGCAAUUAGUAUACGCUAUCACGAUGCUGGGGCGAUGGGCGCAGCUGGCAACGCCCAGGACGGUAUACGAAGGAGGCACGCCCAUGCCUCUUGGGGAGGGCAGUUCAGCGUAUAAUGCAGAUUCACAAAUGGGUACUAAUGGGCUAUCCGAAUCCAAAUCAUUCCAGGGGUACAAUCAGGGCGACCAGAAACCACGGUGUGGCGAGUCUGUGGAUCAAGAUUUCAUCGCAGCUCUUGCUGGUUUGCAAUCCCAGCUCCAGUCGCAACCAGGAUUGACGAUUAAUAUUCCGGAAAUACUUUCCGAAUUGUGUUCGAAAUGUGAGCAAGUCAACAAUAUCUUCCAACAAACCGCACCAGAGGAAGAGAAGAUGGACAACAACGUGUGGACCUUUAGCGCUCUUAAAGUCCGCAUCACGCGUGUCAAACUCGAACGCUGGGCAGAGCUUGUAGCUGCUGCAGCUGAAGGCCAUGAUCGGUUAAGCAAGGUUGCACAUCCUCAAGAAUGGCGAGGAUCAUACCCACAAACGUCGUCUGCCAACAUGGGUCAGCCUCCCAACGGUAUGGCCAAUAACGGGUUCGCGCAGGAUCAAACUCAGAUUCAAAAUUUCCUGGAUAGCACUCCUUGGACUUCAGAUCUUUUGGAUGGAAUCGACCCUACUGUUUGGUUUGACGGAUAUUUGGAUUGGGGAACUUUAGUUAUGAAUUCUAUGGGACAGGGGCCGGUAGGGCAACAGCCUCAGAUGUGA